AUGAAAGAGGAAGAGGGGGAGAAAUCGAAAAUUCAGCAGGAUCUUCAAAUAUUAACCAAGAGGCUGGCGCACAUAAACGAUUCUCUGGCCAGAAAGAUAGACACGCGAAACGAGUUCGACAAAGUCAUCCAGGAGACGGAAGCGGCGUAUCUAAAGAUUCUAGAGAGCUCGCAGACCCUGCUGACGGUCCUCAAGAGGGAGUCCGUCAAUAUUCAGAAGAAGAGACAGGCCAGCUCUUGA